AUGGCGGACGAUGGCAUCACCAACCUGCUGAUCCGUCGGCAAGAUGUGGACGAUUUCCGCCUCGUGAAUGACUUCACAGCACAUACUCCCAUUCGGAGGUUGAAGCAUGUGAUCGAAGGAAUCUGCGCCAUCCCCACCCCCCACCAGCGGCUCCUGUUCCGCGGUCGUGUGCUGGAGGACCAGCAGCAUCUGGGAGAUUAUGGCGUUGAGUCGGGGUCUGCCAUCCACCUGGUGGUCUACCCCAUCGCCGGCGUCAGCCGCCCCACCUCCCUGGACAUCUUCUCCGGCCUGACCUCCUUCUUCGACUCCGUGGAGUAUGGGGGGUCCAGGAUGCAGGACCUCCCGCCCCUGCCCUUGGCAAGCGCCGGCGACCCCUGGCCCGCCCCCACACCGCGCCAGCUGGCGGCGCAGGAGGGCGAGGCGGGGGCCAUGUGGCAGCGCCACCUGCUGCGCGGCGUGCGGCGCGCGCUGCGCAACGACCGCGCCCACAUGACCGGCCUGGAUCGGGCGCUGCGCCGCGCGCUGCGCCGCGCGGGGAUGCCGGAGGUCCACGACCGGGGGGAGCGGGGGUCCUGGAGCGACGAGGACGGGAGCGACGGCGAGGACAACGAGUGGGAGAGCCUGGGCAGCGAAGAGGACGCGCUGCUGCGGCGCUACCUGGGCCUGUUUGGCACGGGCACGGGCCCCGACAACCCCAGCCACGGCGUGAUGGGGCGCCGGCUGCGCAGCCUGGCGCGCUCCCUACUCCACAUGCACUGCUGCCGGCGCACACCGCCCCCCGUCCUGCAGGCCGACCUCCAGCUGCUGCAGCAACACCUGGCGGUGGUCGGCGCGGCCGCCGCCGAGCUGAUGCGCGUGGCGCAGUGCUACGCGGCCUGGCUGGGCCAGGACAACGCCUGGAUCACGCGUGCCGAGCCCGGCUACAUCGCCGUGCUGGGCACCGACUGGCAGGGGCACGCGUCCAUGCUGGGGUCGGGGGCCCCUUCCGCCGACGGCGCUGGGGGAGGCGGCGGGCUGGGGUCGCUCCUGUCCGGCAUGAUGAACAACCCGGCGCUGAUGCAGAUGGCGGAGUCGCCCGCCGUCCAGCAGAUGAUGGGGCAGAUAUUGGGUGAUGGUGCGAUCGAGGGUGGCCAGCAGGGCCACGUCCUCAGGGGCGCCACCCUCCGCGAGGCCUUCUCCAAUCUGCUGGGCGAGGUGACGGCCGGCGGGGCACCCGGCAGACGGCAGGGCUCGAGAGGAGGGCGGCCAGAGGACGACCUGGACCCAUCCUCUGCCGAGGCUCUGGAAGCUGCCCUCGCCACCGCCCCUCCCGAGCUUGCUCAGACUUGGCGCGGGUGGAUCACGCAGGAUGCCGCCGCCGUCGCGGCCGCAGGCAACCUGGAGGCCCUUGACCAGGAAUACUUCAGGGUCAUGGCGCCUGCGGCCAGGCCCAGCGUGUUUGGCUCAGGAAGCCAGUGA